GUGUGCUACAUCGAAGCGUCCGGGUUCUACCUCGGCAAGCUGCGCGGUCUUCUCGGCGACGGCAACAACGAGCCCUACGACGACUUCAGGAUGCCCAACGGAAAGAUCGCCACCUCGGAGGCCGAGUUCGGGCACUCGUUCCGCCUGGCGAGCAGCUGCGCGCAGCCCAAGACGCCGGCGCACGCGCACGCGCACGGCGCGCUGCCCGCCGCCUGCGAGGAGGUGUUCGGGAAGGCGUCGCCGCUGCGGCCGCUGGCGCUGGUGCUGGACGCCGAGCCCUUCAAACAAGCCUGCUCGCAUGCUGUCGCCGGAGAUUCGGCCAACGCCCUCCGCCAAGCGUGCGACAUUGGCAGCGGGUACGCCGCCCUCGCCGUCUCCGGUCUGUUGCCCGCCGUCAUGCCUGCCGUGUGCGUGCAGUGCACCGACGCCGACCAGCCCAAGAAGGUCGGAGAGAGCUACGAGCUGAAGGUCCCCAACAAGCAGGCUGAUAUUAUAGUUGCUGUUGAAACGACUGUGCCCAACAAGAAGAACUACAAAGAUCUGGUGAUCCCUCUGGUCUCCCAACUGGUGGAUGCCCUUAAGAGCAAGCACAUCACCGAUAUCAAAGUGUACCUCGUCGGCAUCACUUCCAAAUUCCCAUACCCCAUCGUCUAUGACACUGACAUAAAACUGAAGAAUCCUAAGGUAAAUUUCGAUGACGAGAGCCGAUACAACCAUAUCCCCACAGUAACGACUGGCUUUGAGAAGUUCGACAGUACGGAAAAAUACAUCAUUGAGACCAUCAACGACUUGAGGAUCACUUUUGGUUUAACGAAUAUGGUAGCCGGGUACAGGUCGCUUAUGGACCUGCCGUUGAGGCCGGACGCAGUGCAGCACACCAUCAACGUUGUUGGCGAACAGUGCAAGAGGGCUUGCUCUAUUGUUGAAAUUGUACGCACGCUGGCGUACGCGGCCACCUUCAGCACGAUGCCAUACUCGCACACCCUGGUCACCGUCAGCCCGAUCACCAAGAUUGGCGGCGGCAAGAGUCCCGCUCAGGUUGUCGGCUACACGGACGAUUCGGUGCUCCUGUUGGGUGACAAGGUCGCCUCAAAGGGCUCAGAUAACCUUAGAGACUCGCUUGAGAAAGAUGAACAAGACCCUUGCAUCAACUUCAUUGAAGGAACUGAUGGCUUAGUCCUGGCAGGUGCAAACUAUCAUACCCUGAACCCCGGUCAGCAGAAGCAGUUCCUUCAAACGGCAGUGAGCACGAUCACCAACAAGAUGUUAGGUUCGAAUCUGACUCGAAAGUGCGUCUGCGGUUACGUCGACCCCUUCCGUGUACGCUCCAUUUGCGUCAAUGAGGACAAGGCGGCUGCAGGCAGAAGAAAGUAAGCAGAUCACCACCGAGAUCCAAAUCUGUGAUCAAGAAGUCGAGCGUACCGAUCUAAACCAAAAAAUAUUCUUAAUUUUAUAAUCUUUAACUAAUACCUUAGGAGCGAGCGAGGCGCAAAUACAGAAACACUAUUUAUUUAAUAAAUUAUCCACUAUAAAUUGAUAAAUCCUUUAAUGUCAUUUAAAUAGUAAUUAUUUACUAUAAGCUUCUUGCACAAUAAGUAAAAUUAUUUUUCUAAAAUUUACGCUACAAUGUAUGGCUAGUUAGUAACGUUUCAAAUUUGUCUAUUCUUCGAAAAUAUCUUGAUCUUAUUGUCAAGCUAUUUUCGAAUUUUUAAAGAGAUAACAAACUGACAACCACAAAUGUCACUUUCAAUAGCCGCAAAAACCUAUUCGUCAGUUUAUCUCAUCGUAGUACUUCCAACUCAUUGGCGUAAUAGCCGCGUAAUACAACGGAGUCAUAUCUACAUAAAACUUCGCAUGAAAGAUAACCAUGCCAUGUUAAUUGUAUAGACCAAACACAUCAUGGUUCAAUUCUCAACAAACUCACUGAAAGCAUCAAGCAUCAGU